CUCCCCGUAGCUUAGCUUGUCACACGCGUACACACACUUGUCCUUGGCCGAGGGCAUGAAAGCGACGACACGGCGCGGCGCGGCCGGGGGCCUACCGUCCAAGAAGAAGAAGAAGAAGGCCGCGCGCGGCUUCAUGUGCGGCUGCGGCGGCUCCAAGUCGGUCUCAACCAUCUCCCGCGCCGCCGCCAACAUUUCCUCUGUCACGACGACACCGACGGAAACCGCAACAACGGCGUCUGCGGCGAAGCCAGUGUCAGCAGCGAAGAAGACGGUCGUGUCGUGCUACCGUGGCGUGGACGCCGACGACGCGGGCGCGAGCGCGGAGGGCACGCCCGGCGUGGACGCGCUCCUGCGGCAGUUGCGCGAGCUGGAGCGCGGCGUCCGCGCGCUGGGCGUCCGGGAACGGGAGGACGACGUCGGCGCCGAGGGCAACGCGCCAAGAAGGCCGCGGCACAGGCGGAGCGCGAGCGACUGGGAAGUAGGAGGCGGCGUCGGGCGCCUGGAGUCCGAGAGCGUGGCGGUGGUGACUGAGUCGGCGGACCCGCUGCGCGACUUUCGGUGGUCGAUGGUGCAGAUGAUCGAGGAGAACGGGAUCACCGGCGGCGCGGAGCUGCGGGGGCUGCUGCAGCGGUUCCUGGCGCUUAACUCGGCGCGCCACCACCACCUCAUCCUCCGCGCCUUCGCCGACGUCUGGGAGGAGCUCUUCGCCGGCGGCGGCCGCGCACCACCACCUCCGGCUCCAGAAAUCUCGUACAGCAGUAGAGCUAGCAAACAGUCGCGCUGACACGUUGACUACAGUCACUUGUGAUAAUUUCCGCCCUCGGGAAUUGUUGCUGUCCGAAAUAUAGAGUAAUAUGCCUUGCACGCGUGGUUUUCUGUGCCGUGACCAGAAAUUUGUGCUCCAUUCUCGUGAGUUUCUUGCGUUCUGUACAUGUAAUACGUAACAUUUUCCGUGAAUUUUGCAUGGUGUUGCGUAGUGCAUUCUUUGA